CGGCCCAGAAGCGAAGUCCUUGGUAGAGCUGAGGGUGGAAGCGGCGACAUAAGAAUGCGUUAUGGCGUACUCUCCUCUGUUGAGUUUGCGUUGAGCUGAGCUUCCAAUUUUCCAUUUUCACAUCAAUUUGGCGCUAAGAAGAAAGGUGGAGGUGGCUGUUACCGGAGUUGAUGGCGGCACCCAACAACGUCACCACCACGCCCAAACCCCCAACCCUAAGCGUAGGCAUCGCUGCGUCCCCUACUCCGCCCAAGUCCCAACGCGGCCACAACAAGCCCAAGUGCAAACAGUGCGGCAAUGUCGCUCGUUCUAGAUGCCCCUACGAAUGUUGCAAGAGUUGCUGUUCCAGAAAUCAAAAUCCCUGUCACAUUCAUGUGUUAAAAGCUAAUUUAACUUUUCCUGACAAGACACCAUCUUCUGGUGCCUCUCCACAUGAACAGCAAUCCUUAGAACCACCUCAAUCAACAAGUGCGGGUAGAGUUGCAUCACUUAGACAACUUUCCAAUAGUUUUGCUCAGUUCAAUAAUUUACACCUUUCACUUCGUUCAAAGAAGCCACUAACUAGAAAGGAUGCUGCAGCUAUCAACGAAUGGAGAUUUUCCAAGUUAAAGGAAUACAAGGAGCGGAAUGUUGAAGUGGAAAAUGAAGCUUUUGACCGAUAUAUGCAGAAUGUAGAUUUACUGGAAGAAGUAUUAGCUGUGAAGUCGUUGGAUGACAAUGUGUCCUCUGCAUUGGAGUCUAAUCCUACCCCAGUUGAGAGCAAUGAGACAAUGGUCUCCGGGUUAAAAUUGCAGCUAAGAUCAAACUCUAUGAGAAGUGAUGGUCAGAGAAUGAGAAUACAACAAAUUGUAGAUGAGGGAUUAAAGAAGCUAGAGAAGUGUGCUGUAUAUGGUGACAUCAAUGAAUCGACUGAUGAUGAAGCUAAUAAAGCUUCAAAAAGGGGAAAGAGGACCGAAAGGUUAUCAGCUAUAAGUGAUCUUAUGGAUAAAAUUAAUAAAGCCCGAACUGAGGAGGAUUUGAAGUCGUGCUUAGAGACGAGGGCCCAACUUUUCAAUUCGGACGAAGGCUCUAGCGUGGUAGACCUUAAAGACGAUGAAAUGCUUGAGAAUCAAACUGCUGAAGGUGAUGUGGAGCCAGCAAGAGGAUUUGAUUAUUCUUUUCCAAGAUUGGUUGUGACCACCGAAAUUGAUCAAGAAACUCUCAACACCAUAGACAAACAUUUUACUUCCUUUGGGGAUAUAGAGCUGUUAUGAGGCUUGAGUUUUAAAAUUGAGAUUUAGCUUGAAAGAAACAGAAAUAUAAACGUUGUGUUCUAGGAAAAAGCUCUCUAAUUAGAAAUUUAGAAUUGAGUAGCCAAAUGUAAAAUAUUUUAAUGUUUUAAAAAUUAACAGAUUAUAUUCAGUUUGGGCAUCUUUAGUCUGAUUAAUCAAAUCAUGACAUGAAAAACUUCGCGGCUUCAA